AUGACAAAGGCGGCAUUUUUGCUUUCUCCAACACCAAGGACACAGAACCCUCUGGACUGGGAGGUGUUUGUUCGUCGCUCUGUGGACAACUCUAUUAUCACUAAGUGUGAUUUUGAAGAUGACAGCAAACCCCUCUGUGACUGGUCCCAAGUGUCUGCAGAUGACGGGGACUGGAUUCGAACCAGCGGGCCCUCCCCGACUGGCAUCUCUGGGCCCCCCGGCGGGUACCCCACUGGAGAGGGCUACUACCUGCACAUGGAUUCUAGAACCUUCCGGACGGGUGGAGUGGCCCGCCUGCGUAGCCCGGAUAUUUGGGAGCAUGGCCCGCUCUGCCUGUAUUUCGCCUACCACAUGUUUGGCUUGUCCUGGGGUGCCCAGCUCAGACUCCUCCUGCUCAUGGGGACACAGGACAACCGCCCCAAGGUGCUCUGGAAACACGUGAACACCCAGAGCCCCUCCUGGAUGCCCACCACUGUCACACUGCCCGCUGAGUUGAUCCUGCCAAGCCGGCUGAUAUUCGAGGGAAUGAGGGGCAAUACCCCCUUCCUGGACAUCUCCCUGGACGCCCUGUCCAUCCAUCGAGGUACCUGCAAUCGGGUAUGCAUGAUGAAAAUGUGCACUUUUGACACUCUCAAUGAUCUCUGUGGUUGGAGCUGGAUCCCCACUCCCACGGGGGCCAAGUGGGUUCAGAAGAAUGGGUCAUCAGGAAAGACAGGUGUGGGACCUGAAGAUGACUUCUCUAGUCCUGGCCAUGGCUUCUAUAUGCUCCUGGACCCCAAAAACGCAAAGCCUGGGCAGAAAUCUGUUCUCCUCAGCCCCCUGAGUCAGUCUGAUGGCUGCCUGACCCUUUCCUUCAAUUACAUCCUGUGGGGACAUUCUCUUGACGCAGCUCUUCUCGUCUAUGCCUCCCUGUUAGGCAGUAUCCGGAAACACACGAUCUUCUCAGGACAACCAGGACCCACCUGGAAGCCUGUGUCUGUCAACUACACAGGGCAGGGACAGAUUCAGUUCACCGUGGUGGGCGUCUUUGGAAUCAUCCCAGAGCCGGCGGUCGCCGUGGAUGCCAUAAGCAUUGCUCCCUGUGGGGAGAGCGUCCCUCACUGUGACUUUGAAGACAGUGCCCAUCCGUUCUGCGACUGGAGCCAUGUAUUCAGUGAUGGUGGACACUGGGCCUGGGGAAGCAAAAACCUCCCCACCAUUGUGGGAGGCUCCAAAGAUUCCACAUAUGGAGGAGAACACUACAUUUACUUUGAGGCAGACAAGUUCUCCCGGGCAGGGCAGUCCGUCCGGCUGGGGAGCCGACCCUUCUGCGCUCCAGGGGACAUCUGUGUGGAGUUUGCCUACCACAUGAAUGGCCUUGGAAAAGGUUCCAUGCUUAAGCUGCUGUUGGGGAGUCCUGCAGGUAGUUCCCCCAUUACUCUGUGGCACCGUGUUGGGGCUCAGGGCCCUGGAUGGCUGAACAGCUCUGUCACUGUUCCCUCGGGAUAUCAACAGCCCAUGCAGCUGUUUUUUGAGGCAACCCGGGGUAGCAACUCUGCCUUCCUCGUUGCCGUGCGUUUUAUUAAGAUCAGCCACAGACUCUGUGGAGAAGCAACCACUGAAACAACUACAUUUCCAACACAAGCAGUCACAGAAUCUACCACAGUCCCACCUGAAGUGCCCAUGGUCCCAGUGGAAGCGGCCACUGAAAAACCUGCUGUCCUUACAGAGAAACCCACCCUCCCAACCCUAACACCCACGGUCCCCACAGAACAGCCCACGGUCCCCCCAGAAAAACCCACUGUACCCCCAGAAAAGCCCAUGAUCCCCACAGAAAAGCCUAUGAUCCCCACAGAAAAUCCCAUGGUCCCUCCAGAAAAGCCCAUGAUCCCCACAGAAAAGCCCAUGGUCCCCACAGAAAAGCCCAUGAUCCCCACAGAACAGCCCAUGGUCCCCACAGAAAAGCCCAUGAUCCCCACAGAAAAGCCCAUGAUCCCCGCAGAAAAGCCCAUGAUCCCCGCAGAAAAGCCCAUGAUCCCCACAGAACAGCCCAUGGUCCCCACGGAAAAGCCCAUGGUCCCCACAGAAAAGCCUACGGUUCCCACAGAAAAGCCCACAAUCCCCACAGAAAAGCCUAUGGUCCCUACCGAAAAGCCCACAGCCCCCUCUCAAAAGCCCACGAUCCCCACCAAAAAGCCCACAGUCCCCACUCAAAAGCCCACGAUCUCCACCAAAAAGCCCACAGUCCCUACUCAAAAGGCUACUCUCCCCACUCAGUCAACAGUAUGGGCCUCAGGAACCAGCCAGGCCCCAUCCACCACCAGAAAUGCUACACUCACCACAGUGAGUUGCCCUCCAAAUGCCCACUAUGAACCCUGUAUGUGCCCUGCAUCCUGUGAGAACCCCAAACCCACUUGUGAGCCACACUGCUCACCAGGCUGUAUCUGCAAUCAAGGCUUUUUGUUUAGCCAGAACAACUGCAUCAGUGCCUUGUCCUGUCAUUGUUUCUACAGUAACAGAUACUAUCAGCCUGGAGAAGAGUGGUUCAACUCUAACUGCUCAGAGCGCUGCCGUUGCUCAUCUGGGGGCCAGAUAGAGUGCCAGAAAGCUCAGUGCAAGGCUAACAUGGUGUGUGAGCUGAGGGACCACAAGCAUGGAUGUUACCCUUUCGGAUCUGCCACUUGUGUGGUCUAUGGAGCUCUUCAUUAUGUUACCUUUGAUGAAAGGCACAUUGGCUUCACUGGCAGGUGCACCUACAUCUUGACACAAAGUUGUCACAACAAGACAACAGAACCAUUCUUCAGGGUGACAGCUGAGAAUGAGAAGCGAGCCUUGGAAGGUGUGUCUUGCCUGAGUAAAGUCUACGUGGCCUUAUCAGCGACCUCCAUUACCCUGCUCAAGGGCAGACGCAUACUGGUUGGGGAUGAGCAUGUGGACCUCCCAGUAAUGCUUUCUAAUGACACCUACAUGAGUCUGAGCGGUCGGUUCAUCGUACUUCAGACGCCAUUUGGUUUGACUGUGCGGUGGGACGGCGACCAGCAGCUGUUUGUGACAGUGACCAGUACCCAUGCAGGCCACCUCUGUGGUUUAUGUGGAAACUACGAUGGAGAAAGCGGUAAUGACUACCUGAAGCCCGAUGGCAGCCAGGCCCAGGAUGCAGAGGAGCUGGGCCACAGCUGGCAGGUGGCCCACAACGAAAGCAAGGACUAGGUCUCUCCUAGGUGCGAGAAGAGAAAUGAAACUGUCGCCGUUUGUGCCCCUGAGGUGCUCACCACCCUAUCAGGACCGGCUUUCUGUGGCCAGCUCACCCUGCCCGAUGGAAUCUUUGAGACAUGCCUGAACCGUCUGAAGGCUACUUCCUUCUUUGACAACUGUGUGUCAGACAUGUGUAGUUUCCAAGGAGUCCAAACCAUGCUCUGCGCUCACAUAUCCACGUUGACGGCCAUCUGCCAGAGCGCCGGCCUGCCCGUCCGGCCCUGGAGGGAAUCCAGCUUCUGCCCCCUGGCCUGCCCCCCCAAUAGCAGGUACUCCCUGUGUGCCAAGCCAUGCCCAGAGACCUGCCAGGCAAAGUUAACGCAGAAGCCCUGCCCAUACCCGUGUGUGGAGGCCUGCGAGUGCAACCCCGGCUUCAUCCUCAGCGGCUCCCAGUGUGUCCACCGGAACCAGUGCGGGUGCCUCACCCCAUCAGGGCGGUACUUGAAGCUUGGGGAUGUGUGGUACAAGCCGAACUGCAAAGAGAUCUGCGUAUGUGGCAGCAACCACAAAAUUCGCUGCCAUGCCUGGAAUUGUACUGCCCAGGAGACCUGCAGAUGGAAAGACGGCAGCUACGGCUGCCAUGCCUUAAGUGCAGGCAUCUGCCUUGUCUCUGGUGACCCUCAUUACCUGACCUUCGAUGGAGCCCUUCACCACUUCACAGGCACCUGUAAUUAUGUCCUGUCCAAGACCUGCUGGCCAGGCUUCCAGGACAACUACUUUGUGGUGAGCGCCUCCAAUGAGAACCGUGGCGGGAGCCUAGAGGCAUCAUACAUCAAAGCUGUGCACUUGGUGGUCUUCGACCUCAGGAUCUCACUGUUCAAAGGCUACAGGGUCACGGUGGAGGGCCGCCAGGUGGCCCUGCCUGUGUGGCUCUUUCAGGACCGGGUGACCAUUCGGUUCAGCGGCUCCUUCAUCCUGUUCUACACUGACUUCGGGCUGCAGGUCCGCUACGACGGGAACCACCUGGUUAUGGUGUCCGUGCCCUCCUCCUAUGCAGGCCGGCUGUGUGGGAUGUGCGGAAACUACAACAACAAUAGCUUGGAUGACAACCUAAAGCCUGACAAAAGGCCAGCCAGCAACUCCUCUCAGCUAGGGGCUAGUUGGAGAAUAGCGGAGUCCUCUGACCCCGGCUGCUUUGUGACAGGUAGCAGCCCCGUCAACUGCCAAGACACCAGCACUUCCACCAUCUGGAAUAAGAACUGUGGCAUCCUCCUAAACCCCAUGGGGCCUUUCUCCAGCUGUCACCUGAUGGUGUCUCCUCAGCCAAGCUUUGCCAGUUGUGUGCACAGCCAGUGUGAAAGCAAGGGCAAUGCCCUGUCUCUGUGCCACUCCCUGCAGGCCUACGCCAGCCUGUGCGCCCAGGCUGGCCAGGCGGUGGCCUGGCGCAACAACACCUUCUGCCCUCUGAAGUGUCUACCAAACAGCAGCUACAAGCCCUGUGCCAACCCCUGCCCAGAUGCCUGCCUCUCCCUGAACUCCCCAACAUACUGCCCUGUGCUACCCUGUGUAGAGGGCUGCGAAUGCCAGAGAGGACACAUCCUGAGCGGACAUUCCUGUGUACCUCCCAGCUACUGUGGCUGCAGGGACCCGGAGGGCUUCUACCAUAUGGUGGGGGAGAGCUGGUACCCAGAGAAGACCUGCCGUGUUCUCUGCAACUGCUGGAUCAGCAACAACAUCACUUGCGGUCCUGCAGCCUGCGAGGCCAGCCAGAUGUGCUCCUCUCAGGAUGGCCUGUUCCACUGCCAGACCAUAGGAGUGUGUCACGUCUCUGAGGAUGUGAGGUAUGUGAGCUUUGAUGGCGUUGGUCAGCCCAUAUUUGGAACGUGCACACAUAUCCUGGUGAAAGUAUGCGACCCCAGCUCGAAGUUGCCAUUCUUUGAGAUCAGUGCCAAGAGUGAGAGUCAAGAAGGCAAGCCCUUCCACAUCUUCCGUGUCUACAUAACUGUCUUCAGCUACCAAAUCACCUUGCAAAAGGGACACUCAGUGAUGGUGAGCCCCCCACGCGUCAAUAAUGAGCCAGUCACCCUUCCUACCAACUCCAAGAUCCACGGGGUCAAAAUCACUUCCAGCGGAGACUACACCCUGGUCAACAUUAAGAAUGGAGUACAGGUCAAAUAUGGUGGCGAUCAUUUCUUGGAGAUCAAAGUCCCAGCAGCCUAUCACAAAAAGCUGUGUGGUGUGUGUGGGAACUUCAACGGCCAGAAAGAUGACGACCUAAUGAUGCCCAAUAAUGAAUUAGCUGAGGAAGCCCACGACUUCAUGGACAGCUGGCAAAACCAUGACAUCGACCCAACUUGCCAGGCCCCGGAAGAGUUCAUGCAAGUGGAAGUAGAGGAGACCAUGCAUGAGAAAUGCCGGCCAGCCGACCUGGGCAAAGCCCGGCAAGCCUGCCAGGAGGCUCUGCAGACCCCAGCCUGGGCUGAGUGUGCCACGAGGGUGGAUGUCAAGCCCUACAUCUUGGGCUGCAUAGACAAGCUCUGUGAGUUUGGGGGGCGCUCCAGUGGCCUCGUCCACACCCUCUGUGAAACCCUCCAGGGCUUCGAGUCUGCCUGCCGCAAUGAGGGACUCAAGACUCCCAUCUGGAGGAAUAGCAGCUUCUGCCCUCUGGAAUGCCCAGUUAACAGCCGAUACUCUAACUGCCUUCCGUCCUGCACACCAUCCUGCCGGGAGCUGGAUUGUGAGAGCGCAGGGGUCAGAGUCCCCCUCACCUGCACGGAGGGGUGCAUCUGCCAGACAGACUAUGUGCUGAACGAGGGCCAGUGUGUGCCCAAGAGCUCCUGUGACUGCAGAACUGCCGAGGGGGCGGUCAUCGCCGUGAACAAAACUUGGAUCUCUAGUGGCUGUACCCAGAAGUGCAUGUGUUCGGAAGGGAGGGUUCAGUGCCGUUCCUUCCAGUGCCCCUAUGGGUCCCACUGCCAGCAUGGGGAAAACGACAACAGUUUCUGUGCUGCUGACAAGUCGGAUCAGUGCACAAUCUUAGGAGACCCCUAUUACCGCACGUUUGACCGCUUCGGGUACCAUUUCCCAGGCCAAAUGACCUAUAUCCUCGUAAAGACAGUGGAAAGCCUGCCCGAGGGCUUAGAGAGCCUGCUUGUGGAGGGGCGGAACAAGCUGACGAAGUCCUCCAGUCCCACCCUCUACGAAGUGAUCAUUAUGGUCUAUGGCUAUAAAGUCCAACUCCAAACAAACCUGGAGCUUGUGGUCAACGAUCAGAAGAUGAGCAUCCCCUACACGCCCACUGAGGAGCUGGAGGUCACCCUGCGAGGUACUCGGCUUUUUCUGAUCACUGCAUUUCAGCUGAUCGUUAGCUACGAUGGCAAGAACCUCGCAGUGAUCAACCUGCCUAGCACCUACCAGGGGCUGGUGCGUGGCCUGUGUGGGAACUACGACAGAGACAAGACAAACGACUUCAUGCUACCCAGCGGCCGGGUCACCCAGAAUAUCCACGUGUUCGUCAGCAGCUGGACCGUGAAUCCCCAGGACUCCCUCCUCCGCUUCCCAAGGGCCUUACCAGAGCAAGAAGAGGGAGAGGAGAAAGACGUACCUGCCAUCCAGUCACAGUGCAGCCCAGAACAGCUGACUUUAAUCCAUGCUAGCCAGGCCUGUCGGGUAUUGGUGGACCCCCAGGGUCCUUUUGCCACCUGUCACCAGAUUAUAGAUCCAGAACCCUUCCAGGAGCACUGUGUGUUUGAUCUGUGUGCUGGUCAGGACCCCCAAGAACAAGAGGAGCUGCGCUGCCGGGCCCUCAGUGGGUAUGCCAUCAUUUGUCAGGAGGCAGGUGCCAGCCUGGCCAGCUGGCGGAACCAUACCCGCUGUGCCAUGGUGUGCCCGGCCAACACGGUGUACAAGAGCUGCAUGACGCCCUGCCUGGCAUCCUGUGCCAACCCGGCGGCCGCCAGGGGCUGUGAGGGUCCCUGCUUAGAAGGCUGUGCCAGCCUCCCCGGCCACAUCUACAGUGGCACCAGGAGCCUCCCCAAGGCCCACUGCGGCUGCACUGCCGCUGGCAUCUAUUACCAGCUGGGUGACAGCUUUGUGACAGAGGACUGUGCCCAGCAUUGUACCUGUGCCAGCUCGGGGCUCCUGCUGUGUGAGCCCUUUGGCUGCAGCGCUGGGGAGAUCUGCACAUUGGCCAACUUCACCCGAGGCUGCUUCCGAGAAAGCCUGUGUCUGCGGAACCCGUGCCACAACGAUGGACGCUGUCGCGAGCAGGGAGCCAGCUUCACCUGCGAGUGUGACCCCGGCUACGGGGGGCGCCUCUGCACGGAGCCCUGGGACAUCCUGGUCCCCCAAAAGCCAGAACCAUCCAGCUUUGUGGCCGUCCUGCUGGGGAUGCUGGUGCCUGUGGUGGUCAUUCUGCCGGUCCUGGUGGCAGUGGCCACCAGGGAGUGUGUCCACAGGAUGAGGCGGCAGCCGUGGAGGAGGGAGAAACCGCGGAGCCCAGAAGGCUGGCUGGUGGACCGAGGUGAGAACUGCUCCCUGGGGCCCUGGGCUUGCAUGGGCACGGAGUGCAGUUCCCAGCCAACAGACUUUCUGGCUUUCUCCUCAGGGAAUGUUCCAGAGCCUGCCUUCAAAGCUAUGCCCUUCUGA